AUGUCUUUCCUCGCUACUCCUUCUGACUUCUCCUACGUCCUUGCUGCUCUCAGCACCGUGCCAUUUGUCAACAUGUACAUUGACAUUUCAGUUGGCAAGCUCCGUAAGCGUGCCGGUGUUCCUUAUCCGGCCCUCUUUGCAUCCGAAGAAGAAGCUGCCAAAGAUCCUCUUAAGAAGCAAUUCAACUGUGCCCAAAAAGCUUCUAUGAACUUUUCCGAGCAUGUCGGCUCUUUCCUUGCUGCUGCUCUUGUUUCUGGCUACCAUGCCCCAAAGCUCUCGGCCGCUCUUGUUAUCGCCUGGUCUCUUGGUCGCGCUAUUUACCACCACGGCUACUCUUCCGGUGACCCCAAGAAGCGUAUGCGUGGUGGUUUUGCUACUCUGUCUUUUGCCAUCCUCAUGCUGACUGGUGCAUUUUACUCUGUCAAGUCUCUUCUUUAA